AUGGGACGAGGAAGAAAUCAAGCACGGAACGCGCCCCCUCGAACGCGUCUCAGGGCAAAGAAGUCGCCAUCGCCGCCUUGUGAUGCCUCGGUCGGGGAUAGCGAUGCUGAAAUGCCAGACGCUGAUCCCGAGUCACCCUCAAACUUUACCUUCAUAGUUGCUCUCGACUACGGAACCACCUAUACCUCAGUUUCUUAUAUCAAAUUUGACCCCAAGGAUCGGCCAGAUGAUAUCGACCUUCAUGAAAUUCAAGCUAUUCAAAACUGGCCAAGGGCACAUGGUGGAACAAACCCACAGAACAAAGAGGAAGUUCCGAGUGAAAGCUGGUAUGCAAAUGGGCAGCAUUACUGGGGAUUCCUAGCUUUCAAAUUACGCCAGACACUUCAGAUCCGUCGAGAGUCGAUCGUGGGCUUAAACUUUUGUCCAAAAGUUCUGCUUUCUGGUAACGACGAAGAUGAGAUCAGCAGGCAAGAGCUCCGGCAAACCUUGGCGACCCUUGGCAAGAAGGAAACGGACAUUGUGACGGACUAUCUUGUCGAAGUUCUCCGACAUACAAAAAUACAGCUCACAUUAAUUGAGGGAUAUAAUGAUUCUUGCGAUGUUGAGCUUGUUUUGUGUGUUCCUGCAGCCUGGGAUGCAACUGCUCGACGUGACUUGCAAGAAAUCAUGGGAGAAGUUUCUAAUAGAGCCCAGUUUGGAAGCAUCUAUAAUUUUUGGAUGAUUCAUGAGCCAGAAGCUGCUGCGGCCAUGGUGUUGGAAAGUGAGACGCGAUUGGGAGCCACAAAGACAAGGAUCAAUUGGAGCAAAGGGGAUACAUUCAUCGUAUGUGAUGCCGGAGGGGGAACUGUGGAUACCAUUACAUACCGAAUCGAAGGAAUGGUUCCUGUGCGGUUGGUCGAAGUGACAAAGCCGAUAGGGAGCCACUGCGGAUCGAAAUACAUCAACGAUGCUUUACAACGCAAAGUCUUAUCCAUGCUGCAGGAUGAGACCUACCUCGAAACGGAUGGAAAGACAUUGAAGAAUGUUGUGGAUAAGAGCGUCAUGCAUCAAUUUGAGAAUGAGACCAAGCAGAGUUUUACAAAUGAAGAAGGGGAAUCCUUCGAAAUACAAGGCCUCAGAGAGAAUCCAGACAAGCAUUUUGAAAGCUCAUUGCUCAACGUUCCACGGGAUCUGUCGCAAAUGGUCUCGAAGGGUGCAAUUCUACGUGCAGUCAACAAAAAGAAUGGUCCUCGACGUCAGAUGUACUCAAGCUAUGGCUUUCUCCAAAGUGAGGAGUAUAACCCUGAAGAUAUGUCACACAAAUACUAUGAUUCCGUGAUCCACAAUGAUGCAAAUGGAAUUUCCUAUGUUCGAAAUUGCAUCUCCUGGCUUAUCAAGAAGAAACAAAGACUUGAUACAGUUCAUGUUUUCACCUGUCAAAGCUAUCAAAUAUUUCGGCAAGGACAAGAUUGGAUGCUCUAUGAGAGUAUUUAUGUAUCUGAUGGUGACGUCGAGGAUAACUUGCAGUACAACCAUGGUAGCAACAAAAAGGUAGACAUGAGCUUUCUCAGGGAUCAGGGUCUUGUACAAGCAAGGCAGCGUGUUGCUACAAGCCCCUGGUACUGGUUAGUUGAGUAUGAUCUCGUCAUGGAAAUUCAAGGGCUCAAUCUAAAGUUUUAUGUCAAAUGGCCUCGUGGUGGGGAAAUGCAAGGUCAAGCCGGCCAAAUCCCUAUUGCCGCCGCUUUCAAACCCGGUACGGCUUAA